AUGUGGAUAAAUGCUGGAGACCAAAAUACUAAAUUCUUUCAUGCGCAUCUAAAGACUAGGCAGGCUAAGAACAGAAUUGGUUCCAUCUACAAUGAUCAAGGAUCUACCAGAAAUGGACCUUGUCUCACCAAAGAACAACAAAGAGAACUUAAUAGCCCAAUAACAGAAAAGGAUAUAGAUCAGGCCCUCAAAGAAUUUCCUAAUGAAAAAGCACCAGUUUACAAACUCAUUGAAAAGAUCAUAACGGCAAAAUUAAAGACUGUGGUUGACUACGUUGUUGGGCCUUCUCAAUCAGCAUUUAUAAAAGUGAGGAACAUAUUGGACAAUGUUAUUAUUGCACAUGAGUUGGUUAAAAGCUACACUAAGAAAGGGGUCUCCCCAAGGUGUUUGGUCAAAGUUGACAUACGGAAAGCAUAUGACUCAGUCGAGUGGUCGUUCCUAAAAAUGAUACUGAUAGAAUUUGGUAUGCCUGUGAAGUUUGUACAGCUUGUGAUGGAGUGUGUGACAACUGUCAGUUAUUCUCUGCUGAUAAAUGGAGGAUUGGCUAUUAAAUUUCAAGCAAAGAAGGGGCUUAGGCAGUGA